ACCGCAGAGGACAGAAGGAAGUUUAUAUCUAAUUAAUCUUUUUUUACAUGUUUGUUAAUCCGUGGCGACUAAACCACAGAGCAGCUUAAUGGAAAAACACAGGAGAAACAAAGUUGGUGUCGUUUCUGCAGAUAGUCAAGGAGGUGUGCAGUUGGCAAUGGCUGAAGCAGACUCAACACAAAAGGAAGCAUUCACCAAAAGUGCCUCACAGCAAAAUCUGCUGCCUGUGGAUGAAGAGGAUUCUGCCUGUGACAAAGUGGUUGACAUGAAAAGAAGGCGAAGGCUCAUUUUUAUCCUUCUUAUAGCUGCCAUAACUACAGUCCUUCUAGUGCUGGCUGCAACUAUUCCUUUCUUACUUGCAUCUAAGAGUUCAGACAGUGAGCAAUCAGGUGAUAGUAGUACAGGCAAAGCCACUGAAAAUGAAUUGAAGUGUGAACCAUUUUCACACACUUUGGAAGAUGGUCACGUGGUUUGUAAUGGAGAAACAAUUGGCUCAAAAUGCUGGACUGUCUGUAUUGAGGGAUUUGAAAAGGAAAAUGAGUCGAUUGGCAGUUUUGAAUGCCAGGAAAGUGCAGAAUGGAGUGGUGAGAGAACAAGAUGUGUUCAAAAAGACUGUGGAUCUCGUAAUCAGGUGCCAUAUGCAUCACAGAAUUGUACUGGUACAAAAUACAGGGAUAUUUGUAAAGUUCAUUGCCUUGAAGGAUAUGAAAAGGAAAACUUAUCAAGGGGAAUUUACUCUUGCGAGGGAAAUGGAGAAUGGAGUGGAGAAGAUACUAAUUGUCUUCCCAAAGAUUGUGGUGAACCUCUCCACCAGGUGCCAUAUUAUGCAUCACAGAAUUGUACUGGUACAAAAUACAGGGAUAUUUGUACAGUUCAUUGCCUUGAAGGAUAUAAAAAGGAAAACUUAUCAAGGGGAAUUUACUCUUGCGAAGGAAAUGGAGAAUGGAGUGGAGAAGAUACUAAUUGUCUUCCCAAAGAUUGUGGUGUACCUCUCCAUCAGGAACCUUUUGUGGAGCUACUAAAUUGCACUGGCACAAAAUACAAGGAUACUUGUGAUGUGAGCUGUGAUAAGGAAUUCAACCAAACUAUUUCUUAUGUGCAGUGUGGCUCAGAUGGCUUUUGGACAAGUCUUAUUGGAGCUUGUAUCAUCAGUGAUAUUUGUACCAUAUGCAACAAAGUAAAUGGCUCCUGUGUCCAACAACCAAACAACCUGCAGUCCCAAUGUCUUUGUAACCUGGGUUUUGCUGGUAACGGUGAAUAUUGUGAGCAAGAUUCUGACUUGGAUGGUUUUCCUGAUGUCCAGUUACCUUGCCAAUCACUGGAUUGCAGGAUCGACAAUUGUCCAUUCAUUCCCAACAGUGGACAAGAGAACAAUGAUGCGGAUGAUCUUGGUGAUGUUUGUGACAUUGAUGAUGACAAUGACAACAUCACAGAUACCAUGGAUAACUGUCAGUUUAAGGCCAAUUCAAAUCAAGAAGACAGAGAUGGCGAUGGCUUGGGGGAUAUAUGUGACAAUUGUAUUGAUGUUCCCAAUCUAGACCAGAAAGACAGUGAUGGUGAUGGAACAGGUGAUGCUUGUGAGAGCUGUGAUUUGGACAAUGAUGGCAUAAAAAAUGGGGACAACUGCCCUCUUGUGCCAAACCCAAAGCAGGAAGACACUGAUGGUGAUACUGUGGGGGACACAUGUGAUAACUGCAUCAAUGUGUAUAAUAUUGAUCAGAAUGACACUGACCAGGAUCUUAUUGGGGAUGCAUGUGAGGACAUGUCAGAUGCAGAUCAAGAUGGCAUAAGUGAUGGUAUUGACAACUGUAAAGAUGUUCCCAAUGGGGAUCAGCUUGAUAGUGACAAUGAUGAACUUGGAGACGACUGUGAUAAGGAUAAAGAUGGAGAUGGUGUUUUGAAUAUUGAUGACAACUGCCCUAUUAUGCCUAAUGAGAAUCAGGCUGACAGUGAUGGUGACAAUAUUGGUGAUGCAUGUGUAGUUGAUACAGAUGGUGACUCUAUUCCUGAUAGUCAGGAUGAUUAUUCAGUCAACAAGUUUUUAAAUAAAACAGACUUCAGUGUGUAUCAGGAAGUGAUUUUAGAUGGUGUGGGAAAUGUUCAGAAGCCUCCUAGGUGGAUGGUUUAUGACAAUGGAAGAGAAAUUGUCCAAACUGUUAAUGGGAAUCCUGGUCUUUUAAUAAGUUUCACAAAAUUUGGACAUGUAGAUUACCGUGGAACUUUUUUUAUAUCUGACACAAAAGAUGAUGAUAUUGCUGGUGUAGUGUUUGGCUAUCAGAGUAAUAGGCAUUUUUAUGUAUGCUCUUGGAAGAAAAUGACCCAGUCCUACAAUUUUAAAGAAAAUUUGACUUAUCCAAGAUCUGUUGCAAGACAAGGCAUAAAUCUUAUGGUGGUUGACUCAAGUACAGGACCUGGUGAGAAUCUUCGUGAUGCUUUGUGGGAGACUGGGAACACCAUGAAUCAAACUCAUCUUCUGUGGUAUGACAAUGGUCCCAAGUGGGCUGCAGGAGUGGCAUAUCGUUGGAGAAUACUGCAUGACCCAGACUCUGGAAGGAUCCGUGUGCGUUGGUACAGGGGAGGAAAGCUGUUAGCAGACUCAGGGAACAUAAUAAACAAACGUUAUAAUGGUGGCCGCCUGGGGAUGUACGUCUUUUCACAGGAAGGAGUACACUAUUCAAAGUUAUAUGCAGGAUCACCUAAAAUUAGUGACUUUUCCAUAAGCUUCAAUGGCAGUGGUGGUAAUGUAGACUUAGGAGGGAUCAGUGAUCUACUAGGAGGCUCUGGAAGCAUCACUGUGGCUGCUUGGAUAUGGAUACUGGGUCCAAAUGGAAAGGUGAUUUGUGAUCUGCCUCCAAUCAACUUUGGUUCCAUGCACCCUGAUUUGGGGUUUUUCACACAGUCAUCAGAUGAUGAGAGGGAUUGGACACUAAAAAAAGGGGGAACUCCAACUCCAAAAACUGGUCCAUCUGCUGACCACACCACAGGCUCAGGGUAUUACGCUUUUUUGGAGACAUCAGGGAUAAACAUUGGCAGUAGGGCCUCUUUUGAAACCCCUUGGUUUGCUGCAGGUGAGGGGUGUAACAUGACUUUUUUCUAUCAUAUGAAUGAUCGUUCUAACAAGAAGGAAAUGGGGAGCCUAGCUGUGGAGGUUAAAACAGUAGAUCAGACUUGGUUCAUGGUAUUUAGGAAGGCAGGAGAUCAAGGUGACAUUUGGCAUCAAGGAACCAUAGAUCUUUCAGCUUAUGAAGGACUUGUGGCUGUGCGAUUUACUGCAGCCAAAGGAAAAUCUUACAGGAGUGAUAUUGCCUUAGAUGAUAUUGUGUUUAGUGCAAAAUGUGGCUCUGCAAAGGCCUGUAUUAAUAAUUCAGAUACAAAUCCCAUCUUUGGUUCAAAAAAGGGAAGGUCAGGAGUACAAUUGUCAGUGGGCAACACUGGCAUGCUGGGUAACAUAUCCUUUGCAUACAACACCUGGACACAUGUGGCUUUUCAGUACAACAAUCAAACUAAACAGCAGACUCUUUAUGUGAAUGGCAGAGUGGCUCAACAAGAAAGAAAUGUGUCAUCCCUUUUGGUGUCAACAAACCUCCUCUUGGGACAGAAUGGCCUCAAUCAUACAACAGGGCAGAUGGAUGAGGUCCAGAUAUGGAACACUGCUGUCAAUGUAUCAACUAUUUAUGACAAGUACUUGAGAGGCACUGAAGAAGGACUGGUUAGAUAUUUCAAGUGUAACGAAGGGGAAGGGAAGCUAUUAAAAGACAGUUCUUCAUCAAAGAGGCAUGUUAUUCUUCAGAAAACAAACUGGCUUUCCUCAUCUUUGGAGCUUAACAAGAACUAGAUGCAGCCACCCUGAGACAUGUUUGACACAGGACAAUUUCAUAAGUUACAAGAACCUAAGGCAGAACUAGAGUUCAGGAUUGUACCUUUUUUUCAGAAACAAAUUGCAAUGACUUUUCAGGAAUUUUCCAUGACUCAGAUUGAUUUUUCCAAGGCUCCAAAUUUCACCUCACACCCAAGAUUUCAAAAUCAAUUCUCCUUGUUCUUAUGACGGUAAUUCUUAAAACUUUAGAAUUAACAUUUUAAGAAGAUUCUAGGACUGUCCAGGACCUAUACUCUUUUUCCAGGACCUUUCAGUCCUGGAAAUUGUCAAAAUAAAAUUCUAGGACUUUUCUGUUUUUAAAGGACCAGUAUGAACCCUGAGAGUUGCUUAAUAUAAGCUAGAAUCACCCCUAAACUGGUUUCUUCAAUGUUAGAAUUUAAUAAGGACUUCUAAAAAAUGCACCCACUACAAGAUAUUUUUGACAUAUGACAAUUCCAUAACUUAC